AUGGCCCAAUAUCCCUCCUGCUCUGCUGACAAUAUGGCUUGCGAUGUGGAAAAGCAGGGUUCCCCAAGCUUGUCAGGCGUGUCCCAUGAAAAGCAAUCCGCAUUCCAGAAUCUCGGCAUACUUGAUCGCUUCCUCGUGCUGUGGGUAUUCCUUGCCAUGGCAAUUGGGAUUAUCCUAGGCAAUUUUGUUCCCGACACCGGACCUACUUUGCAGAAGGGGACGUUUGUUGGAGUCUCCAUCCCAGUCGCCAUUGGUCUUCUUCUCAUGAUGUAUCCUAUUCUCUGCAAGAUACAAUACGAGACGUUGCAUCGUCUUUUUCGGGAACGUCGGAUUUGGAUCCAGCUCGCCUUCAGCAUAGUUUUUAAUUGGGUAGUUGCUCCGUUCUUCAUGUUGGCGUUAUCUUGGGCCUUUUUGCCUGAUGAGCCAGAGCUACGCCAGGGGUUGAUCCUCGUUGGAUUGGCACGGUGUAUUGCUAUGGUUCUGAUAUGGACUGGGCUAGCCGGGGGUGACAGUGAAUACUGUGCCAUUCUGGUAGCCAUCAACUCGCUCCUUCAAAUGAUCCUAUACGCGCCCUUGGCUAUCUUAUUUAUCAGAGUGAUCGGCGGUGAUACAAUCACAUUAGAAUACUCCGCUGUUGCCAAAAGCGUCGCCGUGUUCCUUGGAAUACCCCUGGUGGCUGCAGUACUGACACGUUACACUCUUCGAUGGGCAAGUGCACGAUGGUAUGAUGAAGUCUUCUUAAAGUGGACCAGUCCAUGGUCUUUAGUCGGCCUCCUAUACACAAUCCUAGUGUUGUUUGCCUCUCAAGGCCACCGGGUAGUGCACCAGAUUGUCUCUGUUAUCCGAGUUGCAGCACCUCUUAUAGUAUACUUUGUUGUCAUUUUCUUCACUACUCUCUGCGCCACAUACAAGAUGGGGUUUGGUUAUAAGUUGGCCGCGACGCAGAGCUUCACUGCAGCUAGCAACAACUUUGAGUUGGCUAUUGCUGUCGCGGUUGCAACCUUCGGCGCGAAUAGUAACCAGGCACUUGCGUCUACUGUAGGGCCUCUGGUUGAGGUUCCGGUGCUGCUGGGGCUUGUCUACGCUGUGAAGUUUGUGGCAAAGAAACGGGGCUGGAGGGACUAG